AUGGUGUUCAUAACAAUAUCUGAUGAUAAUAAUAUAAUAACGAGUCUAGAUAUGCAUGAAGAUACUGAAAUGUUUACAAUAAUGAACAUAAUUGAAAAUGAUUUUUCUCUUAAUAUGAAUAUAAAUGAAUUAACGUAUAAUGGAAAGGUAGUAGAUAAAUCAGAUACUUUAAAAAAAUUGAACAUGCAUGAAGGUGAUCUUUUAUUUAUCCGAAAAAAAAUUAAUCUUGAUAUGAUACAAGAGGAAUUAAAUGCAAACAAGUUUGGAAAUAUUAUGAACAAUAGUGGUGUCACUAACACAUCAGCUACUAAUGUUAGUACAUCCAAUACAGGGAAUAUACUUCCAAGUAGUUUGAAUAAUUCGGGGCAAGGAAAUAACGCUGCAUUUAAUGGGAUCUUGGAACAGUUUCGUAUUUUUCAAGAAAUGGAAUAUAUAAAAAAAGAAGCUGAAAAAUUACUACAAUUAAAAACAGAUAAAACAAAGAUGAGUAUAUUACAAAUUCAAGAUAAAAAAUUAUAUGAUGCUAUAAAUACUGAAAAUUUAGAAGAAAUCAAAAAAAUAGUAAAAGAAAGAUAUGAAAUAGAAAAAAAAGAAAAACAAAGAGAAAAAGAAAUGUAUGAAAAAGCAUUAAAAGACCCAUUAUCCGAGGAAUCACAAAAAUAUAUAUAUGAACAUAUAUAUAAAAAUCAAAUAAAUUCAAAUCUUGCAUUAGCACAGGAACAUUUUCCUGAAGCAUUUGGUUUAGUAUACAUGCUAUAUAUACCUGUUGAAAUAAAUAAAAAUGUUAUACAUGCAUUUGUCGAUUCAGGGGCACAAACAAGUAUUAUAUCAAAAAGAUGUGCAGAAAAAUGUAACAUUCUAAGAUUAAUGGAUACACGAUUUACUGGUAUAGCUAAAGGAGUUGGAACAAAAUCUAUACUAGGAAAAAUACACAUGAUUGAUAUUAAAAUUGGAAAUUAUUUCUAUGCUGUUGCAUUAACUAUAAUAGAUGAUUAUGAUAUCGAUUUUAUAUUUGGCCUAGAUUUAUUAAAAAGACACCAAUGUUCAAUUGAUUUGAAGAAAAACGCUUUAGUUAUCGAAGAUAAUGAAAUACCAUUUUUGGCUGAAAAAGAUAUAAUCAAACGAUCAUUUGAAAACAUAAACUUAGACACACUAUAG